ACAUGCCGCUGCUGUACUGUUCCCUGGCUAUCGGUGCUGCAGGGACCCUGUACACUGCUCUGGGCGGCAUGCGGGGAGUUGUGUGGACGGACAGCGUGCAGGGGAUCCUCAUCCUCAUCUGCCCACUGACCAUCUUGGGCACCGUCGUGUACGACUCCCGGAACAACGCGACCUCCAGCCAGCUGCGCCCUUUCAGCAACAUCGACAUGAAGCCCUACUUGUUGCAGUUUGACCUGGACUUCACGAGGGACGAGAACGUGUGGUCAUGCGCUGUGGGCCUACUUGCGGGGCACGCCUAUCGCAUGGGCAUGGACCAGAUGGUGGUGCAGCGAUAUGCAUCGGCAAAGUCACUCAGGGAAGCUCAGAGGACUGCGUUCCUGGGCAGCGCUCUUCUAGUCAUCUCCACGGCUUUGCUGUCCGGCGUCGCUAUGGCACUUGUGUACUGGUACCGAGAUUGUGAUCCACUUUUGUCCGGAGCUAUCAAGAACAUAGAACAGAUCAUCCCUUACUACAUCAACCAGAGGUUAUCGGCAUUCCCGAGUAUGACGGGCAUUUUCCUCGCCGGAGUUGUUAGUGCCACGCUCAGUACGGUUUCGUCGGCCAUCAAUUCCUUGGCGGCGUCUGCCUUCCUGGACAUCCUCUCACCGUUCAUUGUCAUGAAUGACGGGUGCUCGAGCAUAACCAUCAAGAUAAUCGCGUUUGUAUUCGGUGCCCUGAUGACUGGACUGGCUAUAGCUGUGCCCUACAUAAGCUCCGCCGUACGGCUCAUCAUGGUGGUUCACAGCAGUACGUCCGGCCCCUUCAUUGGCCUCUUCAUUCUGGCCUUGGCGUUCCCGUGGGCCAACGGCACGGGUGCAUCCGUAGCCACAGCACUGACCCUGGCCUUCCAGGCAUGGGCCAUGACGGGGCGGUUGCUGCAUGGUCCAAGGCCAGUCAAAAUGCCUUCCUCACUGGACCGAUGCCCCAGCGGACACUUCAGUACCAAUGCUACCGUGCCAAUACUGAGUGACCAAGAAGGAACCACACUUUUCGUCUACGAACUGUCCAGCUUCUGGAGCGGUUUGUUUUCAGCGUUUGCCACUAUCGCCAUUGGCCUUGUCGUCAGCUGGCUCACCGGUGGUGGAAGAAAUUUCAGAAGGCAUGUGCCAUUAACGAGUGACGCAUUUGUGAGGAUAUGGAGAAAGGUGUAUAUGCUCGACGAUGCUGAUUUGGAGGAUGGAGAACCACAGAGGAGUAAGGAAAACCCUGUUCAUGCAGUUCACGAUUGCAAGAGCAACUGACGAUCAUCUCAGCAUCUCACGAUCACAGCUGUAGGCCAAUAGUUUUGCGAUGGCAUGCUGUUCUGAUGGCCACCACCUACUUUCACACAUAGCUAACUCAGUGUUCAAAUGAUGCUAAGCAUCUCAUUUCAACAGAAUAGACAGCUGUGUCACUUUUUCAGUGUCUCAAAUGACAAUAUUUUGUACUUACAAAAAAAAAACUUCAUUUAGGACCAGUACUCUGUAAAUGUAAGUUGUGAAUAUUAGUUAUUUGGUUAUGAAUGAUAGCUGAUCAGGUUGAGUGUAAAUAUUUGAAAACACUGAACAUUGAAUGCGUCUCAUUCAAUUGGCUCUUUGAAUCAAAUAAGGAAAAGCUGUAAGUACAAACAUCUUUUUUUUACUGGCUUAUGAAUGUUUGGAAAUUUGAAUUGUGCACAUGAAAGUACUUCACAUGCACAUGAAAUUGGUGAAAAAGUGAGAUAAGUUCAAUCAACACGAGCGAUUUGUAGGUAUAAAACAUGAGGCAUCAAAGCUUAAACAUAGACUUGAUGGCUAUGAGGAGCUGUGACAUGUACUAACCAGGGCAGACAAUGUGGUCACAUUCAAGACUUCACCUUCCCAAGCUUUGGGUCAUGUCAUUCAUGAUGGUUACUAAUCUACAGCAACAGAGUACUGCCAUUUGGCAGAAUGUUCCUGCACAGAUAUUGGCAGAAUGUUCCUGCACAGCAUAUACUUAAUAAUUAGUGAUACUCAAGGUCGUCCAGCGACCUAUAAUUUCCAAGCAUUGGAAAAUACUGCCAGCAGUCAUAAGGUGCUCCUCUAUGAGGAAUCUUUGUGCCACUUGCCAUAGGACAUCUCUUUUCUGCAUACAAGGACGAGAUAAUCACAACAGCAUGCCUUUGUUCCUUUGGUAUUUCUAACAAGGCAGCAUAUAAACUCUCUCAUACCUAAAGUUUGCAUGUACAUAUAUUUUAAAUUAAUAUAAGUUUUUUGUCGUUUUUCGCCUCCUUUCUUGGCCAAAGAUGGGCUGUAUUGGCAAACAUGAGUGCAAUUGUUAGUUAGCAUACAAUUUGUCUGAAUGUUUUGCUGCUAGAAAUUAUGAUGCGUCACACCUAAUUCCCUGAAGUAGUUAAAAUGGUAAAUAAUCACACUAAAUCAUGUGUGAAAUGACUAAAAAUAAAAGUUAUGUUCUACUGAA